AUGGACCCCAACAUGCUCUUCACAGACAAGAUGCAGCUCCUUGUCCCCAUCGGGGCAUUGUUAGUCGGCGCGAUGGUCAUAGUUCCGUGGCUGUCGCCAGGAUCCGCUUCGACAGAGUUCCCUCUUGCUGGCGAGGAGCUGGGCACGUCGGAGAAGCGACGAAAACACUUUAUUCGGAGCGCAGUACAAAUGCACGCCGAUGCAUAUAAGAAGGUGAGAGAAGUCAUUGUGCUUCCAAUCUCUUACGUGGAGGAGUUGAGGAACAUGCCCGACACAAUCAUCAACAAUGUAGAAGCCCUCAACGAGACCCUUCAAACUCACUACACAGGCCUCAAUUCUUACAAUCCACUCAUGAAUCAUGUCAUUCGUUCCGACCUCACCCACAAUCUGCCGAGGAUCAACCAUCUCCUCUCCAAGGAAGUUGCCCAGACAGUACCUGAAUACCUCGGCAAACAUCGGGAGUGGACAAGAGUCAACAUCAACGAGAAGCUUUUAAAGAUGGUGGCCAUCAUCUCUGGCCACGUCUUCAUCGGUCCUCAGCUCAACCGCGACGAAAGAUACCUGGAUGCGAGUAUAAACUACACGGUCGACUUAUUCAAGGCAGCAGGAGAGCUGCAGAAGUGGCACCGACUGAUCCGUCCCAUUGGCAAAUACUUCAUCCCCAGCGUUCACCAACUACACGAGCAGAGGCGCCGUGCGAAGGAGUUCCUGGUCCCCGUCGUUCAGAAACGCAGAGCUCUCCGCGAGGCGGGUGAAGAAGUGCCGGACGAUAUGCUACAGUGGAUGAUUGCCAAGGCCGACAAGUUCAACGUCAGUGACGACGGGGAUAUAGCCGAGACACAGCUCACACUCAGCCUUGCGGCCAUCCACACAACCACGUUGACGGCCACGCACGUCAUGUACGAUCUCAUCGGAAACUGCGCAGAGGUCAUUCCGGAAAUUCGCAAGGAGAUCGCAACCGUCAUGGCUGAGAACGACAAUGUCAUGACGACGCAGGCGCUCUACGAGAUGAAGCUCCUGGACUCAGCCAUGCGCGAGUCUCAGAGAAUGAAUACGACCGGCCCCACGCGCUUCCAGCGCCGCGUCAAGAAGGACGUUAGACUCUCCGACGGAACCUUGCUACCUGCAGGGUCGAAUAUCUCCGUGCCUCACACGGAGACGCUCUCUGAUGCAGCAAUCUACUCGGAGCCGCACAAAUUCAAUCCGUACCGCUUCUAUGAUAUCCGUGCUGGCAAGGUCGAGGACCCUCUCAACUACACCAACAAGGAGCAGUAUCAGUUCAUCAGCGUGAGCAAGGAGAACAUGGGCUUCGGCUACGGCCGGCACGCGUGUCCAGGGCGCUUCUUCGCCGCCAACGAGAUCAAGCUUAUGCUGGCACGCAUCCUGCUCGACUAUGACAUCAAGAUGCCCGAUGGCGUGCGAGGGCGCUACCCUAACAUUGUCAGGGUGUCGGCUGUGCUGCCGGACCCGACCAAGGAGAUCAUGUUCAACUACGUCGGAGAGGAGUAA